CAGAGGGCGGGGCGGGGCGGCGCGCGUCCGCACCGGGCGGCGAUGGCGGCGGACGGCGACUGGCAGGAAUUCUACGAGUUCCAGGCGCCGGCCCGCAGCGCCCCGCGCCGGGAGCACCGUCCCGCGGGCGCCGAGGCCGAGGCCGAGGCCGGGCCCGGGCCGGGCGGGGCGGGCGGCGGCCUCCCGGCGCUGGCGCGCAGCCUGGAGGAGAAGCUGAGCCUGUGUUUCCGCCCCGCGGCGCCGGGCGCCGAGCCCCCGCGGGCGGCCGUGCGGCCCAUCACCGAGGGCGGCCUCCUGCAGGGCGACGAGAUCUGGAACGCCCUGACCGAUAACUAUGGAAACGUGAUGCCCGUGGACUGGAAGUCAUCCCACACCAGGACCUUGCACCUGCUCACUCUGAACCUCUCGGAGAAAGAGGUAAGUGACAGCCUGCUCUUGGAUCCAUCAGACGAGGAGGAGUUGAGAGAACAGCUGGACAUGCACUCGAUCAUCGUCUCCUGUGUUAACGACGAGCCCCUCUUCACUGCGGAUCAGGUUAUUGAAGAAAUCGAAGAGAUGAUGCAGGAGUCACCUGACCCGGAAGACGACGAAGCGCUCACACAGUCCGAUCGGCUGUCCAUGCUCUCCCAGGAGAUCCAGACUCUGAAGAGGUCCAGCACAAGCAGCUACGAAGAGAGGGUGAAAAGGCUCCCGGUGUCUGAGCUCAAUGAACUCCUGGAGGAAAUUGAGACCGCCAUUAAGGAAUACUCGGAAGAGCUGGUGCAGCAGUUGGCCCUGCGAGAUGAACUGGAGUUUGAAAAGGAGGUGAAGAACAGCUUCAUUUCUGUCCUCAUUGAAGUGCAGAACAAACAGAAGGAGCACAAAGAAACAGCCAAGAAAAAAAAGAAACUCAAGAACGGCAGCUCCCAGAACGGGAAGAAGGAGCGAAGCCACGUGCCCGGCACACGCUUCAGCAUGGAAGGGAUCUCACAUGUCAUUCAGAAUGGCCUCCGCCACACGUUUGGGAAUGCAGGCGGAGAGAAACAGUACUUAACCACAGUUAUUCCCUAUGAGAAAAAAAAUGGACCACCAUCUGUUGAAGAUCUUCAGAUAUUAACAAAAAUUCUUCGUGCCAUGAAAGAGGACAGUGAAAAGGUUCCGAGCUUGUUAACUGAUUAUAUACUGAAAGUUCUGUGUCCUACAUAGGGCAGCCGCUCUGCGGGAGCAGCCUCUCGCGGCCUGGAGCCAGAUUUCACUCAGCAUCCCCCGAGCGCCGGCCACCCUCCCUCCUGCUAGCGGAAGCUCGGCACACGUGAACUUGGGUUUGUGACGCAGUAUUAAUAGACCACGCCUUCACUGAUUUUUUUGUAUUACAAACCAAGAGAAACCUGGCACUAUUUUGAAUUCUAGGGAUUUUUGUUGUUAACUAUGAACAAUUAUGAAUCCUUCUUCAACUUUGAGAGUCAGGGGGUGUAAUAUGAAUUAUGCAUGUGCAGUUAUAUUUUUACUAACUGAUCAUAUGCCCAUUUGAGGCUUCAUGGCUUCCUAGACGUAAACUACAUUGAAGAACAAGUGAAAGCAGCGGUCGCCAACCAGUGGCCCGUGGCCGUCUGGUGGUCCGUGAGGUGGGAAAGGUGGGCUGGGUGAGAGCAUUGAGAAAUUUAUGGCACAGCUGUUCCUCGGUGACGGCAGAAGCCACCACUGAUUUUUGGAAGAGAACCGUCAGGAUAAAUGUCACCUACCGCUCUGGUCCAGGGACGGAAACUAAAAGUGGGCUGUUGUCAGGAUGAAACAAGCAUGUGUGUUGUCCUGUGUAAUCCUCAGUGAGAACGGAACCGCUGGUGAGGACUGGUGUUGGAGGCUGCUGCAGGCUUCGCCACUGAUCAAGUUUUAACCACUGAGUUGCCCUUUACUUUAGAAUCUUGUGUUGUUUAACCUGAGAUGUUUGAGUUUUGUUGUACGUGUCUGUGGAGAAGUGUCCUUCAGAGGGAGAGUGUGUAUCCUGAAGGUGCUAAGAGACUCAGCUGCGGCUCUGCCCGUGCCCCACUGCUGUUCUGUCCUCAUGCCCGUGCCCUUCCCCGAGUGCUGCUCAUGGAGACCUCCCUGGCCAUGAAGCACUCUGCCAGUCCCCAUCAAGUCCGUGCCCUUCAAUAAAUGUUGAAAAAAAGAUAAUGUAUGCUGGAGAGCUUCGUUUUUAUUUUCAGCUUUUGGUGUUGUCGUUAACCGGUUGUCUUCCCUUGCAGCACUAGCUUCUUCCCCUUACUAUGCACACACUGUCCAUCACUGCGGGCCCGAGCUGGGAAACCCCAAUCGCCUCCUGACGGUAAGGAGUGUUUGGGGAGGGGGGGCUUUUCUGGAAUGAUAGGAGCUCUGCUCUCUCUGUCUGUGCACGGGCGCUGAGGUAGCAUGGUGCAGGAAGCGUGUGUGUAGCUGCUGACAGCCUGAAAGCAAAAGCACAGCUUGUCUUUCUAAUCCCCAAUGUGGAGUUACUUUGAAGGUACAUGGUGCGACUGAAGAUGAAAAAUGUUUAUUUGUGGCCAAGAACCAAAGUGCAAACCACCCCUUACCACUUUGGUUCUUGAAGAACUACAGUACACGCCAAGUGCCUGCCAUAGAUCUAUUUUAUUCUUCAGGAAAUUAUAUUUGUUUUUCUUUUACAAGAGCACAACAGGAACCAAAGUAAAAGAGUAAUAGAUACAGCACUCAGGAUAAAUCAUAUCUUUAAAAUAAUAAGAAAAUUUACACCUUGUCCUAUAUCCUGUUAGUAUUUUCAUAAUAUGGCCAUGAUUGAAAAAGCAAGCAUUUACAAUUUUUUUGAUAAAGAUUUUUUAUGCCAGGAAUGGAUUAAUUGUCAACAAAAUUUUAUAAUAGGCUGAUGUAAAUCUUAUUUUGGUAACAUCAUAUCAUUAACAAAUUUUGGAAAUAGAUAAAAAUAUUGCCCCUUGAUAAUAAAUCUUUUUCUUUCUUUGAUGCAAACAGCUAGAACACCUUUUUCUUUUUUUGAUAUUCUAAGACAAAGAAAAUGGUUAAUCUUCAGAUUAAUAAAUUAGGACAUUAUAAUAAUAAAUUAAUUUUUUUUUUAAAGUUCAGCAAUCUCUGUCCAAGUAUUUACAACAAUACUUGAAAGUUCCUUUACAAAACAGAACACAUUUUCUUUUCACAUUAAGCAUACUGGGUAUCUGUGUCUUUCACAACAAGCAUUUUUAAAAGAAAAAAAAAAUGCACAAAUGGGUAAUUAGUAUAAAAGUGCUAAGAGCUGUUUGAAAAAAGUUAACACUAUAUUAUACAGUCAGUUAUAUUUGAGGCAAACUACAACAAACUUCCAGCUUAUUAUGGACAAUAUUCCAGUAGUUGUUUCAAACAGUUGUUUGAAGGAA